CUGCCGGGACGCGCCGAGCGGGGCCGCGCACGGAGCGGAGCCACCGGAGCCGCGGGGACGCGCACGGAGCGGGACCGCCGGUGCCACCGGAGCCGCCGGGCCAUGGAGCCGCCGGGCCCCGCCGGGGCGCCGGGCCGGCCGUGGGAUGAAGCCAAGGCUUUCUACGACAACCUGGCCCCCAAGAAGAAACCCAAAUCGCCCAAACCUGAGAACGCCAUCACCAUCGCCGUGUCCUCGCGGGCGCUGUUCCGCAUGGAGGAGGAGCAGAAGAUCUACACGGAGCAGGGCGUCGAGGCCUAUGUGAAAUACCAGCUGGACCACGAGAACGAGCCCUUCCUCCCCGGGGCUGCCUUCCCCUUCGUCAAGGCUCUGGAGGCAGUGAAUGCUCAGCUCCGUGAGCUCUACCCCGACAGCGAGGAGCUCUUCGACAUCGUCCUCAUGACCAACAACCACGCCCAGGUUGGGGUUCGCUUGAUCAACAGCAUCAACCACUACGAUCUGUUCAUCGAGAGGUUCUGCAUGACGGGAGGGAACAGCCCCAUCUGUUACCUCAAGGCCUAUCACACCAACCUCUACCUCUCCUCUGAUGCAGAGAAAGUGAGUGGGGCCAUUGAAGAGGGGAUUGCUGCAGCCACCAUCUUCAGCCCCAGCAGGGACCUGGAGGUGUCGGAGAAGCAGCUGAGGGUGGCGUUCGACGGGGACGCCGUGCUCUUCUCGGAUGAGUCGGAGCAGAUCGUGAAGGCUCACGGCCUGGACAUGUUCUUUGAGCACGAAAAGGCCCACGAGAACAAACCCCUGGCACAGGGCCCCUUGAAGGGCUUCCUGGAGGCGCUGGGCAAGCUGCAGAAGAAGUUCUACUCCAAGGGGCUGAGGCUGGAGUGCCCCAUCCGCACGUACCUGGUGACGGCGCGCAGCGCGGCCAGCUCGGGCGCCCGCGCCCUAAAGACUCUGCGCAGCUGGGGCCUGGAGACGGACGAGGCUCUGUUCCUGGCGGGGGCUCCCAAGGGCCCUCUGCUCAGGAAGAUCAGGCCCCACAUCUUCUUCGAUGACCAGAUGUUCCACGUGGAGGGGGCGCAGGAGAUGGGCGCCGUGGCCGCCCACGUUCCCUACGGCGUGGCGCAGAAACACAAGCGGCCGGCGCAGGACAAGCAGCAGACCCCAAACAGCAAAUAGUGGGGUUGGGGGGGAUCCCCCAAAGCCCAGCAAGGACCUCAUCCCGUGAGCCAGGCUCCCUGCUCGUGCAGGGGGUGUUUGUUCUGGGAAUGGGGGCUCAUUUUCCCCAGAGAGGAGGGAAAUGUCCUUGGUGCCUCUGUUUGCUGCUGCUCCUCCUCGUGGGGCUGGGGGCUCCUCUGUGCCAGGAGAUGUUUUCCCAGUUUAUCUGUGCACUCUGCACUUGCUUCGGGCAAAAACCCCUCGAGGAUGGGUCUGCCUUGUGUGGAAUCUUUGUGCCAGGCAGGUUUAACCUAUUUAUUUUAACCUAUUUAUUGAAAACCACCAGUGACUCCCAAAGCCUUCUGGCUUUCCCAAGCAAAUGUUUAGGCUGAGCUGGAAAAUUGGGAGCACUCAGAAGCCUUCCAAGCAGCUUUGAAACAAAAUUUUAUCCCUUUGAACUGGAAUUAAACUGUGAUAGUGUUCCUUCACAGCCCCAGCUGCUGCUCCCCAACCAGAAAAUACUCAAUAUCUGUCCUUUCACCAAGAUUUUGCCAGCUUAAAUUUGGAAAAAUAGAAACAAAUACUUAACAUACUAAAAAAAAAAAUCCUGUUUCUUGCUUGGAGCUUUGGGCUGGUGUAUUGCUGGCCCAGGUUUUUAUAUUUGGGUUUCACACUUGCAUGAUUUAGCACUUAAAACUAAUAAUCUCAGUGAGCAUCCAGAGCCCAGCUUGUGCAAGGGCUGCAGACGCAUGCCCAGGGCUUGAAUUAAGUUAAAAGCAGGCCUUGAUAUAUUAGGGACAUCAUUUGAAGUCCAUUUAGGUAAAUCUGCACAGAAUUUCAGCCUGGGGAUUUCAAUUAAAGGAUUUUUUCCCUCCCUUUCCAGGCUGAGCCCAUAUGAGUUGAUAAUCUUUUUCUCCUCAGCUUCUUAAAACCUCUGGUGUUUCCUAAAAUAGGCACCUCUGUUAGCGAUGCUGUGAGAGAACCAAAUCUCUGAUUAAAAAACAGGAUGGGAAAUCAAUGGGAGAGAAAGUGGUGUGAAAAUCACACUGACAUUUCUGCUCAAAGCCCUGUUGUCCCAAAGGAGGAAAGGAAGGAAAAUUUAAAGAUUUUUUUUUUUCCUCGUGGGUUUUUCUUUUCCUCUAUUUUUUUUUUUGGCUUUUUUUUUUUUUUGCACGACAUCCCAUGGCUGAGCAGGAAGGGUGCUCAGUAUUAUUACCCAGUUUUUUACAAAUAACAUGGGCUGAAAUUGUUGUGUGUCUGGCUCUUUCCAGGGAAGUUUCAGCUCAGACAGUGAGGCUGGAGCUGGAGUUAUCACCCUUUUGAGGAAUAUGUAAAUAACCAAGCUGGUGAUGCCUUCAGUGGGAGAUUUUUCUCAUUGCACUAAAUCCUGCUCUAGCAGUGAAAAGCAAAUUGCACUUUUUCCCCCCCAUACAAAAAAAAAUCCUUUGGCAGGCUGUUAGCUGUCACAUCUGGGUGACAAACACCUCGGGGGAAGGUCUGAAAUCCAAACAAACAAACGAAAAAUCUUGGGAGAAAGGAGUUUCUGAGUGUCACAUCCUCCAGCACUCAGGUUUAUGGAGAGGUCUUGUCUUUUUUAAUGUGAACCCAGGAUUUUGGGAUCUGAGCUGGAUCCUGGAGGCCUUGCUGGCAGCUGGGAGGGGGAGCCCAGCCAGUAAACAUUUCCAAGGUGUUUCCUGAAGAUGGUGGAAGGCCAGCCAAGCCCAGCUGGUGCAGGGGAGAGGAUGUUGCAGAAGGAAUGGGAGCAGGGCAGGGUGCCAGAGGGGCUGGGGACAGGGGGAUGUGUCCGUGGGAUGGUCCAGAGGUGAUGCUGCUGCUGCCAGGAGGAGAUGGAUGCCCAGGGAAGCACUGGGUUGUGAUUUUGGGGUAGAACGCUGGAUUUGAGCAGAUUCCUGCUGCCCUGAAGUGGGUACAAGCUGGGGACAGCUUUUAGUGAUCCUGCUUUAGGUUCUGCUGCUGCCAGGGCAGUUUAGGGGUUCCCUGGGGGAUGUGGGGCUCAGAAAUGGUCCCCAGGUGAGCCAGACCUCCCCAAAUCCUCCCUGAGGUGCACAAGAAGCUGGGGACAGGGUUUUAGUGAUCCUGCUUUGGGUUCCUGUGCUGCCAGGGCAGUUUGGGGGCUUCUUAGGAGGUGUGGGGCUCAGGAAAUGGGACCCAGGUGAGCAGAGACCUCCCCAAAUCCUCCCUGAGGUGCACAAGAAGCUGGGGACAGGCUUUUAGUGACCCUGCUUUGGGUUCUUGUGCUGCCAGGGCAGUUUAGGGGUUCCCUGGGGGAUGUGGGGCUCAGAAAUGAUCCCCAGAUGAGCCAGACCUCCCCAAAUCCUCCCUGAGGUGCACAAGAAGCUGGGGACAGGGUUUUAGUGAUCCUGCUUUGGGUUCCUGUGCUGCCAGGGCAGUUUGGGGGCUCCUUGGGAGGUGUGGGGCUCAGAAAUGGGUCCCAGGUGAGCCAGACCUCCCCACAUCCCCCCCAAGCAGGGAGGAUUUUCCAUUCCCACCACGGCUGCCCCUUUUGCUUUUAUCCACGUGGCUUCCUCUGUUUUUUUUAUUUUUAUUUUUAUUUUUCCUCCUCCAUCCCUACAACCGGAAGACAAGGACUUGCUGUUUGUGCACUUCCCUGGGGCUGGGGAGUGUCCCUGGGGUCCCCCCCAUUCUCCCACAGGGUUCUGCCUCUCCUGCUGUCCUGGCUGACAACUGGACUUUUUCCUGCUGUGUGUUGUUGCUGUGGAUUUCACUGCAUUGUCCCACCCCUCCGGUGGUUUUUUGCCAUGUAAAUGGGAUCCCUCGGGGUGUUUUUCCAUAAUAAACCGUGUUGGUCCCA